UAAGGCCGCGCCCCUUAUCAACAUUGCUAAUGAAGCAUUGCUGUUCGAACUUCGAGUCAGUUCAGUGUUCGCAGUGGUGACAUCUUGUGUGUUGUGAUAGCAUGAUGGCGCGAGCGCUACGAAAUGGAGUCACUUUCUUGCGAUUUAAUGCACGACGUUCAAUACGGUUGUUUUCGACCCACACGCGACCAGAAAUAGAAAAUGGAAUUAGAAUUGCCGAAUUUCCGGGUGCUAAGGCGCCCUAUGUAACAGAGCUAAAUGUUCUGAAUGAGAAGACCUACGAUCCCAUACCGAUCUAUCGAGUUUUAGAUAAAAACGGCAACGUACUAAUCAGCAGUGAGGAACCAAAUAUUGAUAAGGAUACUUUAUUAAAUAUGUAUAAAACUAUGAUACAGCUCUAUCAGAUGGACAAAAUACUGUAUGAGUCCCAGAGACAAGGUCGUAUAUCCUUCUACAUGACCAACUACGGAGAAGAAGGCAUCCAUGUCGGAAGCGCCGCCGCCCUGUCACCUGAGGAUCUGGUCUUUGCGCAGUACAGAGAGACCGGGGUCCUACUGUAUCGGGGCAUGACGGUCACCGAGCUGGUGAACCAGUGCUACGGAAAUCACGAAGACUCCGGCAAGGGAAGACAUAUGCCCGUGCAUUACGGGAGCAAGCAGCACAAUAUCGUCACCAUUUCUAGUCCUUUAGCCACACAAAUGCCACAGGCCGUCGGCGCGGCGUACGCGUACAAACGUCAGCCAGCGAACGAGCGUUGCGUCAUCUGCUACUUCGGUGAGGGAGCUGCUUCCGAAGGAGACGCCUUCGCUGCUCUCAACUUCGCCGCUACGCUUGAGUGCCCAGUCAUCUUGUUCUGUAGAAACAACGGAUACGCUAUCUCCACGCCGUCCAGCGAGCAGUACCGGGGAGACGGCAUCGCGAGUCGAGGCCCGGCUCUUGGCCUGCAAACCAUUCGCGUCGACGGCACAGACGCGCUGGCUGUCUACAACGCUGUGUGUCGGGCACGCGAGCUAGCGCUGCAGAAUAAGCCCGUGCUCAUUGAAGCUAUGGCCUACAGAGUGGGACAUCACUCCACGUCGGACGACAGCACUGCGUACAGACCCGCAGAGGAAAUAAACAAGUGGACCACUGAAGAGAGCCCCAUCAACAAACUGAGGCUUUAUCUUGAACGAAAAGGUAUCUGGGACGCUGAAUCGGACAAAGCAUUCGCGAAGGAAGCUCGCAACUCCGUGGUCCGCUCGAUGCAGGAAGCUGAGAGGAAGCAGAAACCGCACUGGAAGGAGAUGUUCGAGGAUGUCUACUACGACAUGCCACCCUCGCUACAAAAACAAAUGAAGCAAAUGGAAGAACACUUAAAGAAAUAUAACGAAAAAUACCCGAUGAAUCAAUUCCAGCCUGAAUAAAUUUCUAAUUUAUAGUA